CUGACUAACCCUCUUCCUCCUUCAUCCCCUUGCUCGUUCAGACCAUCUCCAGCUCCCGCUCUCACAUCUCACAAUGUCCUCUCUGCCUGACAAUACCGAACUUCGUCAGCGUCUUGCCAGCUUAUACCUUGGUGAUGCCAAUAUUGCGUCUAAGGCUGUCUGGGUUUAUGCAAAGGCUCGACGCUGUCACGUCCUCUGCCUUCAUGGCAUCAAUAAGACCACUCUCAAUCCCACACCUGUGGUGCUUCAUGGAAUCUUCACCUUGGCCCGACACCCAUUCAAGCUAGUUCCUGAUGGCGGUUUUCUCGAGUCUACUGCCGAACUAUACUUUGGUCACACACCCCUUCACGAGGCAAUGGCAAGAACAAAUGCUUGGGCGCGGCUGGAGAAAGUUCAUGACAAGGACCUUCUUGGAUACAAUGACUUUUCGCAGUACAUCAAGAACCUCAAGGGCUUUGAGAGUUUAAUGCAUGCCGGUGAUUCGCUGCAACACUCAUUGGUCAAUGACGAAGGUGCAACUGGCCCGCAGGUCAAAGUCAUUCAUAGGAUGUUCGAGUCCUGCUGGGAUACGAUUCGUGUGACAACAACACCUCAGCAAGAUAUUGAAGCCAAGUUGAAGAUGCGGUACAAGCUUACCCCUGGGGAUCACCCUGUUGCUGUGAGAUUGGCUAACAGUAAACAGAAAGCCCUUCCUGCAGCGGAACAGUAACACCAUUAGAUGAUCCACGUAAGAGCCUUUCCUGCAGCGAAACGGCGAACGCUUUGGGUGAACCACCAAACCUUG